AUGUCGUUGGGUGCGUUUCUCAGUAGCGCGCGCGCAUCUCUCGGAGCGCUUGGAGUGCCAUCGAGCUGGCGUGCGCCUGGACAGGUACGCUUUUCAUCGAAUUUGGGUCCGCGCCGGACCAGGUACCGCAAGUCCCAAAAGGGCCGAGUCUCCUUUCCGAUCGGCGGCUCCGUCAAAGGCACGACUGUGACGCAGGGGGUAUAUGGUCUGCGUACAUUAGAGCCAUGCCGUAUCACAGCGACGCAGCUUACGGCGGCAGAAACGGCAUUGAAGCGCAAGCUCAAGGUGGUGCGUGGAUCGCAAGUCUUUAUGCGUGUGUUCCCGGAUGUGCCUGUGUGUGUGAAGGGCAACGAGACGCGUAUGGGUAAAGGUAAAGGCUCGUUUGAAUACUGGGCCUGCCGAGUGCCCAUGGGCCGUGUGCUCUUCGAGAUUGGCGGACACGUGGAAAUCCGACCCGAGGUCGCCAAGGAUGCCCUCCGCCUCGCUGCGGCCAAGCUGCCGACGCGCACCGAAUUUAUCACGACGUCAACGCCACCGCGUCUGGGUCGCGAAGUCAGCCACGACCUGAGUCAGCUGGCCUCCCAGCUCCGGGACGUGCGUUCCUGA